AUGAAACAAAGACGAUUCAAAUUUCACCAAAAAGACAAAGCUAAUAAUCAAGAAUAUAUCUAUAUUGAAUUAGAUACAAAAUGCAGUUGUUUACAAUCAAAAUUUUAUUCUGAUGCAU